UAGGCUAUAAGGUAAACCAUAUAAUAAUCUUUUUUGUCGGUCUGGCCCUAUUAAAACGCAUUCAUUAAAUAUAUUCUGAUUGCAUCAUAACAGUCUUAAAGCGUUAAUAAUGGCUUUUAGAAACUGGUUUUCGAUUCCUGUCGUUAGAGCUGACGACGAAGAGGACUUGGUUGACCCUCAAGGCGUAUUAAGGGAAAAAUGCCAAGCUAAAGGUCACAUAGAAUCGUUGUACAAUAAGUACCAAGAGUGUAAUGAUCGUGUGAAUGGGCGAUCCAAAACAACUGAGACGUGCAUCGAGGAACUAUUUGACUAUGUUGCUGAGUUAGAUCAUUGCGUUUCGCACAGUCUUUUCUCAAAACUAAAGUAAAUAGCAUUAAAGCCAAUUCAAUUAAUGGAAAGUGCAGUGCUUAAUAAUAAGAACAUAAAUAAAAAAUUUUCUUGAUCGGGCUUUCUACAA